UUGGUUACAUUGCUUGAUUAUUGUUUUGAGGUUACUUUUGAGUCGGAUUGACAUUUCACAAAAUUUUGUGUUCAGGAAAAGUUUCUUAAUUAAUCUUUUCACGUUUGUAAUUAUCUUCACAUUUGGACACCAAAUUCGUUCACCAUGUCGGCCGAUCUAAGCUGGAUGAUAAUUAGGAACAGUAAUGCGUUUUUGUCAAAGAAAACUAACAUUAAGAAACCAUUCAGUAAAGAACCAAUGAACUUGACAAACUUGGCAUCAAAACGCUACAAUGGUCUUGUACAUGAUAACAGUAUUGGUGUGGAAUCGGCUCCAAAUAACAAGGGUUUCACAGUCAUUACUAAGAAACGCAAGUUGGCAAAUAAACCAGGAAAGUCUCUUGUGAAAGUAAACUUUACUAGUGGUCCAAGAAGAUCAUUGUUCAAGUUGCGUAAAUAUUUGCUUGGAAACAACUACAGAAAAGACCUUAUUCAGGCUUCUCUGAGGAGGGCUAGUGCCAUUUUGGAAUCACAAAAACGAGCUACAUUGACCCUAAAGAAGUUGGGUAAAAGCAAGAAGCCAGAUGCUUAAUAUUUUUAAAAUAUAUUUUUUUUUGUCUUAAAA